AAGAAUUUUGUUUAAGCAAAAUGAACUUCUUGUUAAAAGUUUUCUCUUUGCUCUGUCUCUGUGGACUGGGGUAUUCAUGGCAGGAUGUAAGAAAUGCCGAUCAAACUCUCUGGGCGUACAGAUCGUGCCAAAAGAAACCCGAAGACAAGGAUCGCGUACCUCAAUGGAGGAAGUUCGAAUUACCCGACGAUGAAAAGACUCAUUGCUACGUCAAGUGCGUGUGGACGCGUUUAGGAGCUUACAAUGAAGAUGAAAAUGUUUUCAAAAUCGAUGUCAUAACUAAGCAAUUUAAUGAACGUGGCAUAGAAGUUCCGGCUGGACUUGAUCAAGAAUUGGGAGGUCCUACAGAUGGAACUUGCAAAGCAGUUUAUGAUAAAUCCAUGAAGUUCUUCAAAUCUCAUUUUAUGGACUUUAGGAAUGCUUACUACGCAACUUAUGACGGUUCUGAUGAAUGGUUUAGCAAGAACCCUGAUGUAAAACCGAAAGGAACAAAAGUUUCCGAAUACUGCAAAGAUAAAGAUGAUGGAGAUUGCAAACAUUCCUGCAGUAUGUACUACUACCGCUUAAUCGAUGAAGACAACUUAGUUAUUCCGUUCAGCAAUUUACCUGACUACCCCGAAGAUAAGCUUCAGGAAUGCAGGAGUGAAGCCAAGUCCGCAGAUGGAUGUAAAUCUUCGGUUAUCUAUCAGUGUUUGGAAAAUGCGGAUAAGUCAGCUUUAGACGCGUCUUUGAAGAUACUCGAUGAGUUUUCUGGAAGAUAUUAAAACAAACUGGAUAAAAAACUUAAGCCAACCUGUGACUCGAACUCACGAUUUUGAACUUGAAAUUGAUGUGAUUUAACCUAUUGUCCUAUAGGAAGAAAAAUCCAUAUUUGGUGAUGUUAAAUUAUUUUUGAACCUCUUCAAAAUAAACAAUUUUCAAAAUUAAAACAUUAAUUUUUAUUUA